AUGAGCUCGUCCGCGCUGGCGCCCACGCCGAGCUCGCCGCCGCCGCCGUCGUCGCGCCAUGGCAACCACCGGACGGCGCACAUCUGGGAACACUUUGUCAAGCGCCACGACCUCGGCAAGUACCACAACAACUGGCGCGUCGAGUGCAAGCACUGCCGCGCUGGCCACGAGGCGGGCACGGGCGCGCCGCCCGAGGUGCUCAUCUCGACCAAGCCCAAGAUGAUUGCGCACCUCAAGGCAUGCGCGUUCGCACCGCGCGCCGAGCUCGCGUACCUCGACUUGAUCGAAGCCGAGCCCCGCGUCGUGCGCAAGGACAAGCCGACCAAAGAGAACGACGUGCGCAACGACGUUAGCAGCAGCGAGACGCGCAAGGACGCCGUCGACCCCGAAGCGCACCUCUCCAAGAAGGCGCGUGGCGACAAGAUCAAGAUUGCGCGGCCGCACGUCAAGCGCACGCACACGUACCAGAACCCCGCGACCGCCCACGUGUGGGAGCACUUUCUCAAGCGCCACGACCUCGAAAAGUACUACAACAACUGGCGCGUCGAGUGCAAGCACUGCCGCGCCGCGUAUGAUCACCGUGGCGACGACAACUCGGUGCCCGAGCCCAAGAUUAUCAUUUCGGCCAUGCUCAAGAUGAAGGCGCAUCUGAAGAAAUGCGCCUACAUCCCACCGGGCGUCGUCCUCGCCAUGGAUCUGCAACCGUCGCCGCCCAAGUCGACCGCCGGCCUCGCGGCCAUCCGCGCGCUCGUGCCACGACGCAACGACAAGUGCAUCGUCGCGGUCCGGUCCGACGUCGAGCAAGAGCCGUUCUGGAUCGCGUGCUUGGUCGACGAGGUCGACACGGCGGUGAUGGCAAGCGACCGCGUCGUGAAUGUCACGUGGCUCUCCAAGACGAGCCGGGGAUUUUACAUCUACGCCAACGACGACACCGUACCGCUCGGUGCGAUCCUCUGCGAAGUCUCGCUCGACGAGAUCCAUCCGGACGAAUUUGCGAUUCCGCGCAUUUUCCUCGACAAGAUUCGAGAUGCUUUGGCGCGCAACACGACGAUUCCGUUCGUGUACAAGCGCAAGCGGGAGGCGCCGAGUAGCGGCCACCCGCUGCCGUCGCUCAAGCGACAAAAGGUCGAGCCGCAGACGUCGUUUCUGACGCUGCCGACCCGCAGCGUCGAUGUAAACGCUGGCAACCACCGGCGCACCGCCAACUACCACAUCUGGGAGCACUUUACGAAGCGCACCGACAUGGACAAGUACCAUUCGUAUUGGUACGUCGAGUGCAACCACUGCCGGUAUGCGUACGCCCACCGCGGCUCAACCGGGUACCCGGCGACGACGCCCGAGCCGACCCCGUUCCGGUCGACCGUCGCCUACAUGCAGACGCACCUGGACAAGUGCGUGUACGCGCGAGCUGCAAUGGCGUCGGCCGCGCCGUGGCAGAGCAACAACAACACUACGACGACCAACUCCACUACCAACGCGCCAUGGCAAGGCGCGCCGAUGCCAGCAAGCAUGCACCCCCCCGCGUCGUCCGUGCGCAGUGUCGCGCCGCCGGGGGGGCACUACCCCAUGUACCACCCGGGCCCCCCGAGUAUGGUGUUUGCCACCCCCCACGGACCGCCGACGGCGAUAUUGCCCGGCUUGCGGCUUGUCGACGAAGACGCGCAGAGCGUCACGAGCAGCGCAGCGUUUGAGGCCGAGCUCACGUCGCGGGAAGAUGCACUUGAGUCGCCCGAGUUUGCGAGUCCGAUUUGGCGCCACUUUGUCAAGCGCAGCGAUGUGCCCAAGUUUUACUACUUUUGGAAGGUCGAGUGCAAGCACUGCCGGUACGCGUACGACGUGCAGCGGGCGACGCGCAACGAACCCGUCCUAAUCGACUCGGACCCCGUGCUCAUGCGCUAUCACAUUGAGCACUGCCGGUGGAUCACUGCGCCCGGCGAGAUCGUUGACCGCGUGCUCUCAGCGUCGUCCAGCGCAGCGCCAAAGAUGGCCGGUGACGACGUCCACGUGGUCUUUCCGGCCAUGACGGUCGUCGCCGUGCGCAGUGACCAGAGCAAGCGCGAAUUUUGGCUCGCGCAGCUCGGGUUUGACGUGACGGCCGGGAUGCUGCGGUCACCCGACCCCGCGACCGUCGACGUGACGUGGCUCGACAAGUCGCACUCGAGCGGCAUGUACAGCUUUGGCGCCGACGAGCCGAUUCCAGUGACGUCGAUUUUGUGCGACUUGGAGCUCGAAGAAGUCGCGCCCGGCGCGUUCCUCGUGCCGCCGCUGCAUGUGGACCGGAUUCAACACUAUUUGCUUGUGUAA